GCCAUCGAACAUGUUGUCCAAAAUGUUUUUACACCACAAAGAGGAUCCAGAUCAAAUGCAAAGAAGGUGCUGAUAGUUAUUACUGAUGGAGAAUCUCAUGACUCACAUCGCUUACCAUAUGUAGCAAGGCUAGCUGAGAGUAAAAAGAUUGUUCGAUUUGCUAUUGGGGUGGGGAAUGCAUUUAAUAAACCUGCUGCAGAACAGGAGCUGAAAACCAUUGCAUCGUCUCCGUCAGACAAACACAUAUUUCAAGUUAGGGACUUCAACGCCCUUGAAAUAAUAAGACAGAAUUUACAGGACAACAUUUUCUCUAUCGAAG